CUUGCCUGGUAACACAAUCCAAUUGGAAUCAUUUGCGAAAAAUUGUUUUUAUUUACACUUGGAGUGAAAAUCAUCUGGCUUGGCUGUUUGUAGUUCACGGAAUUGUGAUUUUAAUAUCGGAUUUUUUUCUAAUAAACUAGAAUUUACAUGCAAUGAGCACCAAGCCUGACGAAGAAGAUGACGAUUGGUUCAAUAAGGAUAUAGAUGACUUUGUAGUGGAUGUGCAGAAAUCUUCAGGCGAACAAAAAUCGGAAGACUCGGUCGAAAAUGGGGCUUCUUUGUUGGAAACACUUAAUAUCAAGCCGAAGCAAUUCUACGAUGAUAUAGAUGGCAAUUAUUUUGAUCCGUUUAAUUCUACCAACGUUGGGACAUCCAGCAAAGCGAAAUUAAAUUUGCCAGAGGAAAAUGAUAAAUAUAUACAAAAAAUUCCCUUCUCUAAGCUGCUAAACUUGUCGGAAAAUGACAGCCGGGAGCUGUUUCUGGAUAUUUAUAGUCAGAAAGAACAGUUUAUCAAAACAAUAUCACAGGUGACAGUCGGCGAUGAGCUACUUUUGGUAACUAUGAAAAUCAUGAACAAAAUCGGUGCCCUCCCGUUAAAUGAAAUCAAAGAGGAGCUGUUUUCGAUACUGAUCAAGAACGAACACUUCUGGGACAAUCAAAUUAAGUUUUUCAAGCGAAGCACGAAUCAGCUAGAAGUGAAAAAGAAAAAAGGAAAGCAAAAAUUACAGGGAGUUAGUACGAUGGAUAUGCUUGGAACGGUUGGCAAGAUGCUCGCAAAUAUUCGUAAGUUUGUGGGCAUGAACAAACGGUUGACUAAUUUUGUCGAUGAGCUAAGCCAGGUACUGACUAAGGCAAAUGUUAAAGUAGAUGUACUUAGACAAAUCGGCGCACUACUUGGAGCUUCCAGCUUGCUGAAGAACUUGACUAUUUAUCCUAAUCUUAAAGAAUUAAAGGGACCUGGUUCUGACCCAAAACCGAAUAUUACUAGUGGGAAAUUCCCCAGCGUGGAACACUAUUUGGAAGUUCACCUGAGCUUAUUGAAGGAAGAUUUUAUGAUUCCUUUGAGGGAGGGUAUACAAGAUUUUAUCGUUAAUUAUGAUCAAACAACGUCAUUUGAUGAACCGUACUGUGGUGAUAGUAUACGAGUACAUUACUGCGUGAACUUACUUCUGCCGUCCAGCGUUAAUCGGCGCUCUGGAAAGGAAGAGCUUGUGAUAGUAGAUCUUGACCCGAAAAAUCGUUUGCCGGGUGGUAAGUUGAUGCGGUAUAACAAGCAGAGUUUUCAGAACUCAAAACGUUUAAUGCAUGGCUCUAUGGUGUGCUUCACGAGUAGCCAUCGUUUCGAAGAUCUGAUUGUGGCAAUUGUUAGCCACCGUGAUAAUGAACAACUUGCGAAUGGCUUCAUUUGUGUUGAAAUAAUCAAAGCGGAAAAUAUAAGCAACAUCUUUGACAGAGAUCUUUUGAUGGUGGAAAGUGAAAUCUUUUUUGAACCGUAUCACCACGUGUUUAAUGUGAUGAAGAAUUUAAGGUCUGAAAACUUCCCGCUAAAGUCGUACAUUGUUGAUAGCCAUCCACAGCAGCAAUAUCCAGAAUAUAUUGCGCGGGAUAGAAAGGCGUUGUUCAGUCACAAAGGGCAACAGUAUAACAUAAAAGUGCCAAGCGAAUGGCCGGAAACUGGUUUUCCAAUCGGACUGAAUCCUUCACAGUACAAAGCGUUUAAGCUAGCUCUUACACACAAAUUUGCUCUAAUUCAGGGUCCACCUGGAACGGGGAAAACAUUCAUCGGCCAGGAGAUUGUUCAAGCUCUACUGUCCAAUACCGAACAUCAAAUUUUACUUAUUUGUUUGACAAAUCACGCCCUUGAUCAAUUCUUGUGCGGUAUCCUACGGUAUACUAACAGCUUAGUUCGCAUGGGCAGCCAGUCGAAACACGCUCUGCUUGACAGCUAUAAUGUUAAACAACUAAACGAGGAUGUCCUCAUCGAUAAACGGCUCAGAACUUGCUACUAUAACACCAAGCAAGAAUAUCUCAAAUUGAUGGAAGAUUUCGAAGAGCUGCAGAAGGAGGGCAACAACAGCAGCAGUGACGAUGUCGUUCGUUGUUUACACCUACUCCAACAAACGUCUCGUCGCAUACAUGAGCUUAAUCAACUGUCGAAUUACGAGUUCGUAAAAGGUAUACGAGUGAUUGGCAUGACGACCACUUUUGCCGCCCGCAACCACACGCUACUCCAGCUGCUGAAAAGUCCGAUCGUUUUGAUUGAAGAAGCUGCUGAGGUGCUGGAGCCUCACAUCAUCACUUCACUAACCCCCUCGACCGAACAUUGCAUCUUGAUCGGCGAUCACUUCCAGCUCAGGCCAACUACGAGUGUGUACGCGUUAUCACAGCGAUAUCAGAUGGAUAUAUCGCUUUUCGAACGAAUGAUAAAGAACAACGUAAACGCAGCGCUAUUGACUGAACAGCAUCGAAUGCGUCCGGAAAUUGCCGACCUAAUAAGGCCAACCAUUUAUCGUGAGUUGACUGAUAGCGAAGAGGUUCGGUGCCGGCCAAAUAUUAGAGGGAUGCGUAAGAAUAUGUUCUUCCUGACACACAAAAUACCGGAAGACGGCGUACGGGAUGAGGAGAAAUCGAAAAAGAACACCUUCGAAUGCAGGUUUGUGCUUGGGUUGUGCGAGUACCUAGUGGCACAAGGGUAUGGCCCUAAUGAUAUCGUAAUCUUGACAGCUUACAAUGGACAAAUGCUACAACUGGUGCAGGAACGUAAAACCCACGAAAAGCUGCACGGUAUUAGGAUUACUGUUGUGGACAACUAUCAAGGUGAGGAGGCCAAAAUCGUUCUACUUACGUUGGUUCGUAGCAACGAUACAGGAUCGAUUGGUUUUCUGGCCUUCCGAAAUCGGAUAUGCGUUGCACUGUCUCGUGCCCGAGAAGGCCUUUAUAUCGUGGGUAAUAUGGACCUUCUGGCUGCAGCCAGCAAAACGUGGGAAUCAAUUAGGCUUCAGUUAGAAGCACAUUCGGCAAUCGGUAGUGUACUGGAGCUGAUGUGUGAACAGCACCAGAGUAUUAUGGAGGUUGAACAGCCUGAGGAUUUUACUAAAUAUAGCUUCGGAGGCUGUCAGGAUGUGUGCCGCGUGGUGAAGCCAUGCGGUCACCAAUGUGAAAGUUUCUGCCACGGAAUAGUAUACCCACAUCGGAGUAUCUGUAACUCGGAUGAAGGAAACUGGACUUGUGCGGAUGUUUCCUGCUAGAUUUUACGUAAGGAUGAGAACUUUUAAAAAUUUUGUUCACUUUUACGCGAACAAUGACACAGAUUUUACAGCACUCUAAGAUUUUCGUCAUAUCUAUCAAAUCAAAAGAAACAAACAAACAGUACAGCUAGAUGGAUAAGUUGGAAUAUUUUGUAGUUUAUUUAUAGCAGUUUUUAUGCACAUGAAGGAAUUGUAAUUAUUUCUUUCUCUUUGAAAGAGAAUGACGCGCAUAAUCUAUAUAAUCUCAUACCCAUAAAUUAAUUCAUUCAAAA